AUGGCUGUUCCUCCUCUCUCCCAGGGCGUCGGCUAUGGCGUAGUCAUCGGUCUCGGUGCUCUGUUCGCCAUUGUCGUCGUCGGUGUGUCUCGCUCGCUGGUCCGCUAUGCCGGCAUUGGCAAGGAUGCUGAAGAAUUCAGUGUCGCACGACGAUCGCUUGGUUCCGGUCUCACGGCAGCUGCUGUGAUCAGCUCUUGGACUUGGUCGGUGACUCUUCUGUCCUCGGUCUCGACCGCUUACAACUAUGGUGUGGCAGGAGCCAUGCUGUAUGCCUCGGGCAACUGCACCCAGAUUGUUCUCUUCUCGACGCUGGCGAUUCAGCUCAAGCGCCGUGCUCCGUCGGUGCACACCUAUCUCGAGCUCGUGCGUAUUCGAUUUGGGACUCUCCCGCACUUGACGUAUAUAUUUUUCGCCCUGGCCAACAACAUUCUCGUCUGCAGUUCCGUGCUGCUCGGCGCAUCGGCUGCGAUCAACUCGAUCACCGGCAUGAACGUCUAUGCGGCGCUCUUCCUCCUCCCCGCCAGCGUCGUGGCCUACACGCUUCGAGGUGGCCUGCGAAGCACCAUCUUGGCCGACUAUCUCCAUACGAUCAUCAUCUUUGUUAUUCUGUUCGCCUUCUGGCUGCGCGCCUACACCACUUUCCCGGAGAUCGGCAGUCCCGCAGCCAUGUACAACCUGCUGGUCAAGAUCUCGGAAAACAUCAGCAUCUCGGGCAACUACAAGGGCAGUCCCCUAACGCUCAAGACGUCCGGAGGACAGUACUUUGCCUGGCUUAGUACUUUCGAGUAUACCGGUGUUGUUUUCCUCGAUGCCUCGUUCCACCAGAAGGGCGUCGCCGCUACGCCGGAGGCCGCGUUCCCUGGUUACCUCAUCGGAGGUCUUGCGUGGUUUUCGAUCCCCUGGUGUCUGGCGACGACGGCCGGUCUUUCGGCUCUGGCGCUGGAAACCACCUACCCUGGCUUCCCGACCUACCCGAACCGCAUCCCCAAGGAAGACGUCUCUGCCGGCCUGGUCUUGCCCUACGCCGCUCAGGCUCUGCUGGGCAAGGGUGGCUCAGCGGCGGUACUCCUGCUCAUGUUCAUGAGCUGCACCUCGGCCAUUUCAGCUCAGAUGGUGGGUGUCUCAACCGUCGUUUCUUAUGAUAUCUUCAAGACCUACUUCAAGCCGACGAUCUCUCCGACCGGGUUGCUCCACUUUAAUCAGUACGUUGUUGCAGGAUUCGGCCUAUUUGCUGCGGCGUUCGGCAGUCUGCUCCACGGUGUGGGGCUGGAUCUCGGGUUCCUGUACAACUUUAUUGGUAUCUUUACCGGUGCUGGCCUGUCCCCGCUCAUCUUUACGUUCUUCGACACGCGGUUGCAUCCUGCGGUCAUCUUCCCGGGGAUUUGGAUCAACUUCUUGAGCGGAGUGGCGGUCUGGCUUUCGGUGGCGUAUCACUAUUAUGGUGUGGUGGAUUUGGACAGUGUGGGGCAGGUGAUUCCGUGUCUCGCAGGGUGUGGGACGGGAAUUGGAGUCGGGUUGGUGCUGUCGACCUUGUCGGUGCUCUUCUUCCCUCGCGAGUUCGCGUGGAGCAGGAUCCCGGAGAUCCUCGAGCAGCAGUACAAGGAGCAGGUGGAGCGUGCUGCCAAGCACUCGCUGCACCACCACCACCACCAGGACGAGCACCAGCAGGCGCAGACAGGCAGCAGCUCGCCAAACGAGAAGCCGUCGAGCCUCGACUCGUCGGCCGACCCACGCCACCAGCUCGAGAUCAUCGAAAACGAUCCGGCCUACAACCGCGCGCGCCUGGACCGCUACUUCCGCAUUGCCCUGUUUUCGGCACUCACCAUCUUCGUCGUCAUCACCAUCAUCUGGCCCUUCAGCCUGUACCGCGACUACAUCUUCACCAGCUCCUUCUUCCAGGGCUGGGUCAUCGUCUCGUUCAUCUGGGCCGUCGUCGGCUUUGUCGGCGUCGGUAUUUUUCCGUUGGUCCAGGGCAUCCCCGUCGCCAAAGUCAUCCUCGCCAACCUGCGCAACAAGGCCCGCGGCGACGCCAUCACUGCGACGGGCGAAAAGAACCGAGGCUCAGCUUCGGACGGCAGCACGUCGACUACUGCUGCAAGCCAAACCAGCGGAGGCACCUCGCCCGCUCAGGCAAAGCCGACCCAGUCCGACUCCGUCUUCGUCGCUUAG